AUGGAAACAAAGGAAGAGCCAGAGCAAUUGACGACCAGUGAAAGGAGCAAAGAAGAACCUACAUGUAGGAGCGUGUUUGUGUACAGACUUAUUCGACAGAUCUUCUUUGUUCUAACUUGGUUUUCGCUGGGACUGUAUUCAGAGCUGUCCGGUCCUAGCCUGCCCGUCUUGAAGGCCAGGGUGGACAGCAGCUGGGAGGAGAUAUCACGUGCUCUCAUCGGACGCAGCGUCGGGUUUUUCACGGGCUCUCUGGCAGGAGGUGUGAUAUGUGACAGGUUUCACAAACACGUGGACCUGGUGUUGAUGCUAGUGUUACUCUUAGCGUCUGUGUCGACGGCGGCCAUACCGUGGUGCCCUCUGAUGGAAUUGUUGGCCUUCGUCUUCUUCCUGCAAGGGUUCGCCGAGGGUAUCAUAAACGCUGGAGGUAAUACGGCGAUUUUCAAGCUGUGGGGAGAGAGAUCAGCGUCCCCCAUGCAUUCUCUCCAUUUUGGGUACGGUGUGGGUGCCAUAUUGGCUCCACAACUGAUACGACCUUUCCUAAUACCAAUCACCCGGAAUGUCACAAGUGGGUACCUGGAAACGUAUGGAAAUCUGAGCAACCAAUCAGAUAUUGGAGAUCGUGAAAUUGAGGGAGAUUCCUCGAUUCCCUCUGCAGAUUCGCCCAUUGAAGUCGCACACUUUAUUGGUGCGGGCAUUGCCCUUGUAAUGGCUUUGACGUUUUUAUUCUUUUACCUGAGGCCUCCACCUGCAGGAUUUAAGCUGAAAAACCCAGUCAAGAACGCCUACCGGUCACUGUGUUCUCCUGCUUCGUGUGGUCAAGGAAGCGCGGUAUACGGACUGACCAUGUUAAUCUUGCUCUUUGUCUUCUUCAUGGAUGUCGCCGGCGGGGAGCGGGUUUGGGGAAAGUUCGUGUUUUCGUUUGCCACUCAGGGCACGUUGCGCUUCACCAUCGACGACGGGACAUUUCUGAACUCCCUGUAUUGGGCGUUCUUCACGGCGGGGCGGGGUCUAGGAAGUGUGGUGGCACACUGGGUGCCAGUGAGGUAUAUGAUCGUGGCGGAAAUAGCUGUCAUAAACGUCACAGGAAUAGUACUGUCGUCUGCUGGAUACCGUAUUUCUGAAGUCCUGUGGGCUUGCAACUGCGUGCUAGGACUGUUCCACGCCCCUCUCUUUCCCGGGGGUAUGGCCUGGGCCAACUUAUACCUUGAGAUGACCAGCGUGGCCACGGCUGUUUUGUUGAUCGGGUCGGCAACGGGUGGGUUCGUGUACCAGUGGAUCACCGGCGCCCUCUUUGAUGUCUACGGUCCAGACUCACUUGUGUACGUUGUUCUGGCCUUCGCUGUGUUGUUAGCUGUCAAGUUCCUAGUCAUGAAUCUCGUUGCAAGAAUAAAAGGGACGCGCUUCGGGAAUCAGGACUCGGCAUCCGAGGAGGGAACUUCGUAAUAUACGCCCUGUGCUGGUGGUUAUUUCCAUGUGUGCGUCCAGUUUGUGUAGGGAUAUGUGUACGCUCUGUUGCCUAACACUUACCCAAAGAUAAAACGUUUGCAUUUUAAUACGAUUUUAGUCGAUAGACACAUAAUGUUCAGCGCAGAGUACAAUGACAUGAUUAUUUUUUUCUGUUCCUCCUUUAAAUUGUUUUGAUAGCUGGUGUUGUUUACA